GAGAGAGAGAGAGAGAGAGAGAGAGAGAGAGUAAAGGAAGACGGAGAACUUCGUACCGAAGCAGAGGGCGGUGAGAGGGUCACAUAUGCCGCAGCACAUGGUGUGAGUCUGUAAAAAAUGCCCACCAACUUCACCGUGGUCCCCGUGGAGGACAGCAUCGCCUCAGGCCAGGAAGGGGCAGCAGAGGGGGACGCCUCGGACGACUCCACUCCGGAGCUCUCAGGCAGACCUAGCUCAGGAGCUGAGACCCCCAGAGAGAACAGUCCUUUCAUCAACAGCAUUGAUCCUGACAGACACAGCUACUACGAUGGCAAGAACAUGGCCCUUUUUGAGGAGGAGAUGGACAGUGCCCCAAUGGUGUCCUCCCUCCUCAACAAACUGGCCAACUACACCAACCUCACCCAGGGGGUGGUUGAGCACGAGGAAGACGAAACCGAGGAUGGAGUCAAAAAGGUCACCGUUAAGGGUCCUCAGAUGGGCACCUUUAUUGGCGUCUACCUGCCCUGUGUCCAGAACAUUCUAGGAGUCAUUCUCUUCCUGCGACUCACCUGGAUAGUGGGCACAGCUGGAAUCAUGGGGUCCUUAGCUAUUGUCUCCAUGUGCUGCGCUUGUACCAUGCUAACUGCAAUAUCCAUGAGUGCCAUUGCAACUAAUGGUGUAGUGCCUGCUGGUGGCUCCUACUACAUGAUCUCCAGGUCUCUGGGUCCUGAGUUUGGGGGAGCUGUGGGCUUGUGUUUCUACUUGGGCACCACGUUUGCUGGCUCCCUUUACAUCCUCGGCACUAUCGAGAUCCUCUUGACCUACAUUGUGCCAAACGCGGCGCUGUUUGUGUCGGAGAAGCCUGAGGGGCAGCAGGCCGCUAUGCUGAAUAACAUGCGCGUGUAUGGGACCUGUUGCCUGGCCCUCAUGGCCCUGGUGGUGUUUGUGGGCGUCAAGUACGUCAACAAGCUGGCCCUGGUCUUCCUGUCCUGUGUGGUGCUCUCCAUCAUGGCCAUCUACGCAGGCGUCAUCAAGACCAUCAUCGAGCCCCCGGACUUCCCAAUCUGUCUGCUGGGAAACCGAUCUUUACAGAAUUGUGACUUUGACUUGUGUAUGAAGCAUGAGGUGGUCAACAACGUGUCCAAACCCACACAGCUGUGGGGGCUGUUCUGCGACAACACCACUCUGGACGCCACCUGCGACGACUAUUUCAACCUGAACAACGUGACUCAGAUCCAGGGCAUCCCAGGGCUCCUCAGUGGGGUCAUUUCAGACAACAUGUGGGGGGACUAUGGUCCCAAUGGAAUGCUGGUGGAGAAGAAGAACCAACCGUCCAUUCCAGCAGACGACAAAUUUGAGGACAAAUACGAGGGCCCUCCGAGACCCUACGUGUUCAAUGACAUCGCCACCUGCUUCACACUGCUGGUGGGCAUCUACUUCCCCUCCGUUACAGGAAUCAUGGCAGGGUCUAACAGGUCUGGAGAUCUCCGAGAUGCUCAGAGGUCCAUUCCUAUUGGCACUAUCGUGGCCAUAGCCACUACAUCAUUCAUCUACAUUUCCUGUGUGGUGCUAUUUGGAGCCUGUAUCGAAGGCGUGGUUCUCAGAGACAAGUUUGGAGACUCUGUAAAAAGGAACCUUGUGAUUGGCACACUAUCCUGGCCAUCUCCAUGGGUGAUUGUGAUUGGCUCCUUCUUCUCCUGCUGUGGGGCGGGACUUCAAAGUCUCACUGGUGCACCACGUCUGCUGCAGGCCAUCGCACGAGAUGGCAUUGUGCCGUUCCUGCAGGUGUUUGGUCAUGGGAAGUCCAACGGAGAGCCCACCUGGGCUCUGCUGCUGACCGCGGGCAUCUGUGAGAUUGGGAUUCUAAUUGCCUCCCUGGACUUGGUUGCUCCUAUCCUUUCAAUGUUCUUCUUGAUGUGUUACUUGUUUGUCAACUUGGCUUGUGCUGUCCAGACCUUGCUGCGCACCCCAAACUGGAGGCCGAGGUUUAAAUUCUACCACUGGACUCUGUCAUUCUUGGGGAUGAGCCUUUGCCUCUCCCUCAUGUUCAUCUCUUCCUGGUACUACGCCUUGGUAGCGAUGUUGAUAGCCGGAUGUAUCUAUAAGUACAUAGAAUACAGAGGGGCAGAGAAAGAGUGGGGUGAUGGGAUCCGGGGGCUGUCGCUCAAUGCAGCCCACUAUGCCCUCGUCAAACUGGAGGAGGCCCCGCCCCACACCAAAAACUGGAGGCCACAGAUACUGGUACUGCUGAAGCUGGACACAGACCUGGCGGUCAAGCACCCUCGCCUCCUCUCCCUCACCACCCAGCUGAAGGCGGGCAAGGGCCUGACCAUAGUCAGCUCAGUGCUGGAGGGCACCUACAUGACCCGCCGUGCUGACGCCAAGCAAUCGGAACAGAAUGUGAGGGCUACCAUGUCAUCUGAGAGGACCAAAGGCUUCAGCCAUGUGGUGGUCUCAUCUAACCUGCGGGACGGCUUCUCCCAACUCAUCCAGUCCGCCGGGCUGGGAGGCAUGAAGCACAACACAGUGCUUAUGGCCUGGCCCGUCAACUGGAAGCAGGCAGAGAAUUCCCUCUGUUGCCAAAACUUCAUCGAGACCGUGCGUGAGACCACAGCCGCACACCAGUGCCUGCUGGUGGCUAAAAAUAUCGACCACUUUCCUGCCAACAAUGAGCGCUUGGAUGGCGGCACUAUUGAUGUGUGGUGGAUUGUCCAUGACGGAGGGCUUCUCAUGCUCCUGCCCUUCCUAAUCCGCCAACAUAAAGUCUGGAGGAAGUGUAAAAUGCGUAUCUUCACAGUCGCACAUUUGGACGACAAUAGCAUCCAGAUGAAGAAGGACUUGCAGAGGUUCAUGUACCAUUUACGCCUAGAUGCUGAGGUGGAGGUGGUGGAGAUGCACGAGAGUGAUAUCUCAGCCUUCACCUAUGAGAAGACCCUGGUGAUGGAGCAGCGCUCCCAGAUGUUGAAACAAAUGCAGCUGUCCAAGACAGAGCGGGAGAGAGAGGCCCAGCUGAUCCACGACAGGAACACAAAGGCCCACGCCUCCCUGAACGACAAAGCCACCACCAGCCCAGACAGGGUCCACAUGACCUGGACCAAGGAGAAGCUCGUGGCAGAGAGGAACCGCCACCGUGAGGCCAACAUGGCAGUGCGUGACAUGUUCAACAUGAAACCAGAAUGGGAGAAUCUGAACCAGUCCAAUGUCCGCAGAAUGCACACGGCAGUCAAACUGAACGAGGUCGUGGUCAGCAGAUCUCAAGGGUCUCAACUGGUGCUGCUCAACAUGCCAGGACCACCAAAGAACAGGGGCGGUGAUGAGAACUACAUGGAGUUCCUGGAGGUCCUGAUCGAAGGGCUGGACCGAGUGCUGCUAGUUCGCGGCGGGGGCAGAGAGGUCAUCACCAUCUACUCUUAGCACCAAGCCAGGACACCAAGCGGGAGGGGGCGGACGGCACACCGGCUGGCAGAGGACCUUGCUUGCCCACUGGGGUCCCCUUAAGCCCCUGGGCACAGCCUCAGCCAAA